UUGUAGACAAAUCCAGAAAACAUCAUUCCGGGUCGGGUCAGAUCGAGAAACGGGUUUUCUGGCAUUUCCACCUUCCUCGUGUAGCAGAACACAGAAAUCUGCUUCUUUCUUCUGAUUCUCAGACUGAGAGAAUGAGACGAAGACGCAGCAACAACGAUAACGAUGCUGAUAACCAGAACCCUCAACCUCCCAAAUCAAACCCCUCAAUUUCUCAGUUUUCACAGAAACGCAUCUUCGCUUUCUGCUUAGCUUUCCGAAUACUCAAUUCCCUUCUAAUUCAGACUUAUUUCAACCCCGAUGAACACUGGCAAGGUCCCGAGGUUGCGCAUCGCAUCGCAUUUGGGUAUGGUCACCUAACAUGGGAAUGGAAACAGGGUAUCCGAAGCUACUUGCAUCCCUUCGUCUUCGUUCCGCUGUAUCGGCUCCUCGCAUUGCUGCAUCUUGAUACCCCUUGGCUUAUGAUGAGAGCUCCAAGGCUACUACAAUCAGUGUUUUCUGCAGUUGGUGAUUUGUACUUGUACAAACUCUCUGCAGUUCUAUUUGGUGACCAUGUUGCAAAAUGGGCACUCUUUUCGCAGUUGGGGAAUUGGUUUAUGUUUUAUUGUUUUUCUCGAACACUGUCCAAUAGCUUGGAGACUGUUCUUACACUAGUGGGUUUGUACUUUUGGCCCUGUAUGAGAUCUUCCGGUGAAUGUUCCUCUGGUUCAAGGAAGUGGGGUUUAGUUGUUGCAGCUUUAGCUUGUGCCGUUCGGCCAACUAGUGCAGUAACAUGGCUCUACGUCGGCCUGCUUGAGCUUUUAAAGGCACAUGACAGAUUGAAAUUCAUUUUUUUGGAGGUGGCUCCUAUUGGGACUGCGGUGCUUGGACUUACCUGCUUAUUAGAUCGUUUUAUGUAUGGCACAUGGAUUCUAGUACCACUUAAUUUUCUAAAAUUCAAUUUUCUUUCCUCGGGGGGAGAUUAUUAUGGAACUCACAAGUGGCACUGGUACUUAACUCAGGGAUUUCCAGUCAUGAUCUUCUCUCAUUUACCAUUUUGCAUAGCUGGUAUCAUUUCUUCCAAACAAUGGAAGUUUGCUGGCCUCCUUGCAUGGAUUUUGGGUUUCUACAGUGUAUUAGGUCACAAGGAAUUCAGGUUUGUCUUGCCAGUUCUUCCCAUUUCUCUGAUGUUCUCUGGUUAUUCUUUGGCUGUGAUAGAAGAUCCUGGUUCUUCUCAAAAUAAAGGAAAAGUAUCUUCAAAAAAGCAUACCAAAUGUCCUCCCAAGAUGAAAGUAGCUAUCUUAUUUUUGCUUGCUACCAAUAUUCCAAUGGCUUUGUAUAUGAGUUUGGUUCACCAGAGAGGACCUGAGGAUGUCAUGAACUUCCUAGCUAGAGAAGCUCUUGAUGGGAAAGUGAAAAACAUCCUAUUCCUUACGCCUUGUCAUGCUACUCCAUACUAUGCCAUGCUGCAUCAAAACCUGCCAAUGCAAUUUCUGGACUGCACUCCAAGCAGUGAAGAGAAAGGAGUCCCAGAUGAGUCAGACCGCUUCAUGAUGGACCCUGUUUCUUUCGUGACUGAAUAUGCAAAAAAUUGGUCUUCACCCAGCCACAUUGUUUUAUUUGAUUCAGAAGAGCAAAAAUUGAAGAACUUCCUAUUUUCUUUUGAUUAUAGAGAGGAAAAAAGAUUUUUUCAUGCUCACUUCAAGGUGGAUCGUGAUCUUCAAGCUUCUAUAGUUGUAUACGUCCGAAUUAGAUAGCAUUCUUCAUCUGAUCUGCAGACUGCAGCAAACUUUUGUGACAGUCAUUAUCCCAUUUCUUCACGUGGCUGCUCCAAAAGUUAACUGUGGUAAUUUGAUGUCUCUGUAAUGAGAUUUUGUUGUAUGUCAUUGUAAUGCUUACCAGGAAAUUUUGCAGUAAAGCUUGUAUAUGCCCCUUUAGCAUGUGUCUAGAGAUGAUCUACAUUUUCUUUAAGAAAGAUGCCACAUGAUUUGGAUCCUUUGCUGGUUUGGCAUCAUCGGCGUCUUCGUAAUUCGUAUGUCUGACAUAUUGGCUGGAUCGCUAGUUGAGCUUAUAUUUAAUGUUCGAAGAUGCUUAGUUUGUA